AUGGACUCUCCAACGAAGAGACGCGCCCUCGCGCCCCUCGACGCAAACGCAAGCUCGCCCGGCACCGCCGCCGCCUUCUCCCUCAAGCCUCAGCCCGCGGCACCGGCUGCGGCGCGGUCGCCCCUCAAGGCGAGCAUGGGCCUGUUCAGCACCGGCGCCCCGGCGGGCCUGAAGAGGCCGCUGCAGGAGGUCGUGUCGCGGGUGGACGAGAACGGCCCGGCCAAGAAGCUGUGCCAGGACCCGGCGGCGGAGGGGGAGCAGCGGCCGUCGAGGCGGAGCUUGCCUUCUUCGCCGAGGCGGGAGGCCAGCAUCGAGGCCGAGAGGGAAAAGACGGUGAUGCCGAAGACGACGGCGACAACGACGCCCGAACACCCAUCACAAGAGCCCCUUGGCACGAGAUCCGCCUCGCCGGCCGUCUCGUCCGUCUUUGACGCGAGCAUCGCGUCCAACGCCCACGACGACACGGCCAUGACGGACCCCGAGCUGGCGCAGCAGGCUGUUGCUGCGCUGGGGCCGAGGCCGGUGGUGGCGGCGCCCUUGACGCGCGCGCAGGCGAGAGAGAAAGCCCAGAUUCUGAGGUUGCGGCUCGGGCUCGCCAACUACAAGCUCCGCACCGGACAGGCCGACGUGCCGCUCGAGAGGCUGCAGAGGCGGCCUGUGCCGGUGCCUGCUGCCGCCGAGCGGGCGGUGCGAGAGGCUAGCGUCGACAGCGAUGCGACGGUCGAGGCUGAGAUGGAGGAGAGGGAGGCCGAGUCGGAGGACGAGGCGGGGCCGGUGGUGAAGCGGGCUGAGACUACGCCUGAUGUUGCUGCCGCUGCUGCUGCCGCUGCUGCUCAGGUGCUCGAGUCUGCGUCUGAGGAGGACGCCAAGGAGACGAAGCCGGCUGGGGGCGUGGCGCUCGGCGGUGCUGCGACGGGUCUUGUGAGCUUGGCGAGGACUGUGCUGCCGCCUUCGGUCUGA